AUGAGCGCCGAGAAGCUGCCCUUCAUACUCCCCGCGGUCUUCACCAUCGGCCCCAAGAUCACAGCUGCCGGGGGCGAGGAGUCGGACAGGAAGGACCUUGAGGCGCAGCUCCUCCUGUACGCCAAGCUCAUCGCGCCGCUGCACAGCUCGAGGAGCCACGUCCCGGAGCUCGUCAAGGGGAUCAUCGAGGGCGAGACCCGCGUGCUCGCCGCGGAGCUCACCAUGGAGGAGAUCUUCAAGGGCACCAAGACCUUCAAGGAGAAGGUGUUCAACCGGGUGCAGCUGGAGCUCAACCAGUUCGGCCUCAUCAUCUACAACGCCAACGUGAAGCAGCUGGUGGACGUGCCGGGGCACGAGUACUUCUCCUACCUCGGCCAGAAGACGCAGCAGGACGCGGCGAACCAGGCCAAGGUGGACGUGGCGGAGGCCCGGAUGAAGGGAGAGGUGGGAGCCAAGGAGAGGGAGGGGCUGACGCGGCAGAACGCGGCAAAGGUGGACGCCGGGACCAAGGUGCUGUCGGUGCGGCAGCAGGGCCAGGGGCUCAAGGAGGAGCUUGCCAUGAAAAAGGCCGGGUGGGACAAGCAGGCCAAGGUGGCCGAGGUCGAGGCGGCCAAGGCCGUCGCCAUCCGCGAGGCCGAGCUCCAGAUGGAGGUCGAGCGCAAGAACGCCAUGCGCCAGACCGAGAAGCUCAAGGCCGAGCAGCUCAGCAAGGCAACCGUGCACUACGAUACACAGGUUCAAGAAUCAAAUGCGCAACUCUAUAGCAGGCAGAAGGCGGCGGAGGCAAAGCUGUUUGAGCAGAUGAGGGUGGCGGAGGCGCGCAAGGCGCAGGCCGACGCGCACUUCUUCGAGCAGAAGAUGGCCGAGGACGCCAAGCUCUACGCCAAGCAGAAGGAGGCAGAGUCCGUGGGCUUGGUGGGCAAGGCCAAGACGGAGUACGUGGCGUCCAUGCUCCAGGCGCUCGGUGGCAACUACCACGCGCUCAGGGACUACCUCAUGAUCGACGGCGGCGUGUACGCCGAGAUGGCGCGCAUCAACGCCGGCGCGGUCAACGGCAUGCAGCCCAAGAUCAGCAUCUGGAGCAACGGCGGUGGCGCGGACGGUGCCGGGAACGCGGCCGGAGAGGCCGCAGCUGGCAGCGCGCUGCAGCAGGUGGCCGGGGUGUACAAGAUGCUGCCGCCGCUUCUGUCCACGGUGCACGAGCAGACCGGGACGCUGCCGCCGGCGUGGAUGGGUGCACUGCCCAAGGACGAUGCUGCUACCAACUGA